GACGCGGUCAGCUGUGCACGGCACUGCCCUAAUAAAGCAGUGGGAUGGAUGGAUGAUGCCAGUACUCACUGGAGGUCCUGCAGUCUGCAGAAGAGAGUGAGUUGCAGGAGUGAUAUCGAGUAAAGAGCAACAAGAGCUUCCCGAUGCGGAAGGCUGGUUUUAGCUCCAGCAACUCACUGAGACCUCGGCAAAGAUUGUUCAUAACUUUUUUUGCUAUGCAGUACCUCUGAGAUCAUCAUCAACUUGUGUGCUUUUAUUUCUUGGAUGCACAGUGGAUUAUUGUGCUUUUGGCUGAGUCGGCUCUUCACUGUCCUCAAGGCAAAGCACUUCAGUACUUUUGCUCAACAAAAGCACAGGACUAAAACAUUUUAUUUUAUUAAGCUCUCCCUGCUACAAGGAACAUUUCACUUCAGUUUUUAGUGGCUGGGCUCUGUCGCCGGAAAUGACUGUAGUGGCUGAAGUUCCUCAUAGCCUGAGCACAGAACUUCUAGCUUUGUUGCACCGAGGAAACGCUUCAUAGCAUGCGGUGGCUUUUUGCACUGGGAAGCAUGCAGAACCCAAGUGCACAUGAAAACACGGACUUGCAGCCCAGGGUGCCUCAUGAGGAGCAGAAUUAUGGAGCUACUGCAGCACGUGUGAGACGAGGUCCACAAGUGCCAGUGUCAAGGAACAGGCCAGCAAAGAGAGAUUACCUGAUAGUUGGUGUGCUGUGCUACGCAAACCUAAUAAAUUUCAUGGAUUGGUUUAUUGUACCAGGGAUCCUGUUAGAUAUACAGAAAUACUUUGAACUUGGCGACGGGGCUGCAGGCCUACUGCAAACAGUUUUCAUCUUGUGUUACAUGCUGGCUGCUCCCUUCUUUGGAUACCUUGGUGACAGAUACAACAGGAAAGUCAUCCUUGGAGCUGGUAUUUUCUUCUGGUCUGCUGUAACUUUAGGAACUUCAUUCAUCAGUGAAUCACAUUGCUGGAUAUUCUUUCUUUCACGAGGGCUGGUUGGCAUUGGCACAGCCAGUUAUUCCACAGUAGCUCCUACCAUCAUUGCAGAUCGGUUUGAUGAGGGAAAAAGGACCACAAUGUUGUCUGUCUUCUAUAUCUGCAUUCCAGUGGGAAGUGGUCUUGGUUACGUCCUGGCAUCCAGCAUGGCACAUGUCACAGGGGACUGGCACUGGGCCUUCAGGGUCACUCCUUGCAUGGGAGGUUUAGCUCUGGUUCUUCUGAUUUUGCUGGUCCCUCGCAGGAUCCAGAGAAGGACAGAGGCACACAGAGCACUGAGCAUCCAUGGCUCCUUACGAGUAGCAGCCGAAAAACCUGGUGCACAGGGAGCUGCCAAGACUUCCUGGUGUCAAGAUGUCACAUCACUUGGCAAGAAUUGGAGCUUUGUCUGGUCCUCGCUGGGUCUGACUGCCAUGGCCUUCGUCACUGGAGCGCUGGGGCUGUGGGUGCCGAUGUUCCUUUACAGGGCUCAGGUUGCCCUGGGCAUUGUGCAGCAGUGCCUGGAAAAGUCCUGCGACUCAUCUAACAGCCUAAUAUUUGGAGGCAUCACCAUUGGGACGGGAAUCCUGGGUGUCAUUGCUGGGGCAGAAGCUGCAAGAAGACUAAGGAAAACCAGCAGCAGAGCUGAUCCUCUGAUCUGUGCCACAAGCAUGUUUGUUUCUUCUCUGUGCCUCUACAUAGCAAUCAUGGUGGCCCAGAAGAACAUCCUUUCCACUUUUAUUUUUAUUGCAUUUGGAGAAUUGUUUUUAUCUGUCAACUGGGCUGUUGUGACAGACAUACUGUUGGAAGACCUGCUUCCUCCUCCUAGGAAGAACAAAACCUUACUAAGAAUGCCCUUUCUGGGACCCUGCUAACAUCUGUGUUGUAACCUGGUGUGUGGUGUCCCAGCAGAGGUGCUGCUAACAGGACAGGUGUGCUAGUGACAGCCCGAGCUCACUGUAAGCCCAGGAGAGAGGCACACUGGUUUGGGUGCAGCUCAUGCCAGUGUCCUGCUGCUCCUGGGGCCCACAGCAGUCUGGAUUUUGUGUACAGCUCUGCGCUGUUGGAUCUCCACCAGGAAAGGUCUCCAUCAGAAAGAGGAUCACUUUCUGCUUUUAGGAAGAGGUUCUACGUUUGUGCCCAAAGCUUUGGAAAGAGAAAGUCGAUAUUCUGUAAAGUAAUGUUAGUCAAUCUGUUACACUGCUUUUAUUUUGUGAACUAUCAGCAAGUUCCUUCAUUCACUCCAGAAUACGGUGCAGAUAACUUCCAGAGCUCAGAACAGCUCUACAUGCGAAGAUCUGGACUUUCUACUCACUAGAAUUGUUUUUGAGGGAUCACAGUGUCACAGCACAGAGGGUGUGAUGAAACCCAAACCCUUCAAGCAGGAUGCUGCCUGAGGGAGAGAUUGUUCCUGGAGGUGUAGCAGUGGCAAAAUGCUGAUGCAGUUGGUACAAAUAAAAGACAAAGGAAGAAAUUGUUUAAAGCUCUCAGGACUUGUUAGAGAAGACAUGAAGAUAAGGGCAAAACACAACAGAAAUCUGUGAGUUUCCUACCCUCAGGCUAAUGAUGGGAAAUCUUGAAGAGAGCCUAAGCAAGGGUCACAUCAGUAUCUCCUUUUUUCAUAAGUCUUGUUUCAAGAGAGUUCAAAUCUACUUGCAGAUUGCUGAAGCAAUUCCACUGUCAUAAUAAAUCUUUCAUAUAAUAAGAACCACAGUGAAUGCAUUAAUGUGUAGCACAGCAUGCAGUGAUGCACAGUAACGUGUCACAGGAAUUUAGGACAGUAAGGAAAACUUGCAGCCUAUGGUUCAUGAGGAAUAUGGUUAUCCACAAGGUUGCCAUCAUUUCUUGCUGCCACAGGAACUGAAAAUUCGCUGCUGGGGUUGCUGUCAGUGUGGCCUUAUUAGCUCAGAGUACACACCUUGACUGGCAUUCCUCACAGCUGCCUAAAGGAGCAGUGAAACAAAUGAGCAGCAAUGAACGUAUCUUUGUUACAGCUUUUGGUGUAAAAGAUGUGAAAUUGUGAGGCCAAACACAGAGAACUUUCUAGUGAUAGGAGGGACAGGCCAUGAAGCACUGUGGAACUCUGCUUGGCUGAACGGCCCCUGCCUUG